CCAAACAACUAUUAUCAUCUAUCAUCAUGUCUACCGAUAUGAUAUGCAUGGACGGAGUGUACUGCGCCCUGUGCGAUGAGUACUUCUUCGAUAAACGGCAACGAGCCGAGCACAUUAUGAACUCCAACGACCAUCCGGAAUGUUGGAGAUGUGGCCGUCGAUUUUUGAAUGGCCAAAUUCUUCGUCGUCACUGUGUCACUGCGCCAAAUCAUCACUAUUGUGUGCCCUGCGAUAAGCACUGUCGUACAGCGGCAGGGUUUCGCGUCCACAUGGAGCAGGUCCAUGGCUCCGACGAUGACGACAGUGACGACGAUGAUUCAGAAGAAGAGGACUAUUAUGACCUCGAAGACGGCUGGGAGGAUGAAAGGGGCAAAGAGGAAUAUCCUGAUGAAGUCUCCGAAUCAGGAGACGAGCCCCUUGAUACAUCAUGGGAAGACAGCAAUGAGUACGACUUUGAAGACCCGGAGUAUCUAAGGUUGCCGCCAUUGUUUAAUAACGCGGCAACCGACGACGCAGAGGAGAGCGAUGAAGAAGACGUCGAAGAGACGUCUCACUUCUCGUGUCCGAUGUGCCAAAAGAAGCACACGACCCUCUGCGCGACUCCGUGUGGACAUGUGUAUUGCGUACGGUGCAUUCGCGCCGCGCUGAAAUAUACAGAGGCGUGUCCCGUCUGCGACGAACGAGCCACCGAAGACCAGCUCCGGAAGAUAUAUAUCUCCCAGGAGUGACGAAACCAAAUGGCUCGGUGGUGUCGCACGAGGUCUUCAAAUUGAUCUACC